CCCUCCGCCGGCCCCGGUACCGGAGCUUUCACCCAAACAUGGAGCACAAACUGAUCGUGGCCGUGUCCGGAUUCCCGAGUCUCUACGACACGAACUCGCUGAGUUACCGGGACCUGAACAUGAGAGCCGAGUCCUGGAGACAAGUCUCCGAGAUCGUCGGUGUUCCCGAGUCCGAGUGCAGGAGGAAGUGGAAGACGCUGCGGGACCAGCACCGCCGGGAGCGGCAGCGGGAGAAAGAGCGGCGCGAGAGCGGCAUCGGCCUCUUUAACUACCGGCCGUGGAGGUACUCGGCCAUCCUGUCCUUCCUGAACCCGUUCAUCGACGCCAGAGCCGCGGGCACCAACGGCUGGGCCCUGGACCCGCAGCCCUCGCAGCUCCACGCGUCCGAAAUGGGCUGCAGCACGACCACCACCGAGACCCGGAGCGACGACGACGACAGCUACGACAUCUCUGUAGUCGACGCCACGACGACGUCCUCAGAGUUCGUGCAGAGGAAGCGUUCGGCUUCAGCCGGCCUGGAUGCCGUCAGAUUCAAAGAACCAAAGAUGGAGAUGAACUCAGAAACUGCCGCCAGAGACGACUGCGUCCAAAUCCACCAGCACGACAACAUGAAGGAACUGUUUGAGAUGAUGAUGCAGUCGGUCACGUCUCUCGCCGCGUCUUUAGCCUCCUCGCACUCGUCCUCGCAGCCCUCGGAGCAGCUGAUGCCUCCCGCGGCGCAGCUGGACCUGCAUCACCUCCAGACCGCCCGCGGCGUGCUGCAGUCCUCCAGGCAGAAGACGGAGGAGCAGGAGGUCGAGCUGCUGGACCAGAGCGACGGAGAGGAGGAGUGUGCGCCCGCUGCGUCUCCCAGGCCGAGCCGGGCCAAGAGGAGGAGCGGCGACGGUCUGCUGGAGGAGUUCCUGCGGAGGAUGGAGGCCAGGGAGGCGCAGAGGGACCGGGAGCAGAGAGACGACGUCACGCUGUUCCUGCUGAGCCUGGCUCCGGCCCUGAGGAGACUCCCCGCGGAGAAACAGUCCUGGAUCCGGACCAAGAUCCAGCAGUUUGUGCAUGAGGCCGAGUUCGGUGCAGCGAGUUUUCAGUGAUCCCCCAAAUAUUUUACAUUUUUAUAAACACUGAAAGGAUCCCAUAUUUACGGACUUUAACAAUCAUUAACGUGCUUAUUGAGUUCUUUUUUUAUGAUGCGUUGACUGAACUUUUCCUCUUUUCCGAUGUUUUGUUCUGUUUUUAAUAAAAAUU